AUUUUGCUGUUAUGUGACAUAACUGACCAUCUUUCCCAACUGAAUAAGAGGCUGCAGGGACGCAAACAAAUGAUCACGCCGAUGUCGGACAUGAUCACGUUUCCAGUGUAAACUUGACCUAUGGAAGUGGCAAGUGGAACAGGGCAAUCUUGCCCACUUUUCUGUUUGUCAAAACAUUUCAGCCUCAGUUCCCGGUGUUUUUUCAUGUACCAGGUUGGCUACCAAACUGAGCCAGUUAAUGAAUGAGUUUGAUUGGCGCUUCUCUGACUUCAGAGCACAGCACUCGAGCUUUGCCAUCUUUUCCAGUCCUUUCACCACCGAUGUCAGCAGUGUGCCCCAUCACCUUCAAAUGGAGUUAAUCAAGCUUCAAAGCGACAGUGGCCUGAGAGCAAAGUUCCAGGAUGCUGAAAUCGAGGACUUUUACCGUCUUCUGCCCCCUGGUGUGAUGCCACAGCUUCGACUUCAUGCUGCCUGUGUUCUGUUUAUGUUUGGGAGCACCUAUCUGUGCGAACAGAUGUUUUCAAUAAUUUAUCUGAACAAAACCAAGCACAGAUCACGCCUCACUGAUGACAACCUCCACACUGUUUUACGGAUUGCCACAGCACAAGAGCUAAAACCAGACAUUGACACACUGACCAAAGGAAAACGGUGUCAGACAUCUGGCCAGAAAACAGAUAGGUAAGCAUUUUUUAAAAACCUAAUUAAAAUAUAUGGUAAUAAAAUGUAUUUCAACCAAGAAUAAAAUAGUUAAACUGAGUGCAAUUUAAUGAUUGUGCUUG